CCUUACCAAAACUACUAACUAGUGGGCUAAUUGGAGAAGCUAAGUUUCGAGUUAAAAUUUUCUGGAGUACUUUCUUUUUCUCCCUCUCUCAACUUGCUUCUUUCGUGCUAUUACUCUUUCUCCUUUCUUUACUGGGUUUAGUUGUCUGAAAAUCUUCCGAAAGAUCCACUCCACCAUAGGACCUUUUGCUUACCUUCACACAUUUUCAGUCAAUUAGUUGAAUAAUGUAAAAAUAAUUGGCACAUGAUAUGAUAUGAUAUACCGUUUUCUCUCUCCUUUACUAAGAGAUCUACAUAGGAAACUUUUGGGAAAAUCAACUUGAAAACCCUAGUUAGGCGGACUUUAAAAUUGUACCCAGCUGAGGAAAACCCUAGUUAGGCGGACUUUAAAAUUGUACCCAGCUGAGGAAAAUGAGCUCUUUUUUGGAGUAAAUUUUGUUGCAGUUUCUAGAGCUGCUUAAGCAGGUGAAAAAGCUCCAAAUCAUUUAGUUUUAUUUCCAUUUGGGGUGUGAGUAGAAGAUCCUAGUAGCAUGAAGCGGAGAAGGGUGAAUUUUUGCAGUGAAACUGGUUUUGGGUGAGCUCUUUUUGGGAAAUUUGAGGUGGGUUUUUGUAGUAGGGGUGGGGGGUCGGGGUGGUGGAACACGAGCUUGGAAGAUUUUUGCCUUCCUUUUUCCCACUUUCUUGAGGGGUUUGAUUGAUAUAGCAUAAUGAAAUUGUUAUCUUCAGGUUUCAGUCAUCUACCUGAGGAAGGUGAAAAGAAGGUUUUAAACUCAGAAUUGUGGCAUGCAUGUGCUGGUCCUCUAGUCUCCUUGCCCCCAGUGGGAAGCCGUGUUGUAUACUUUCCCCAAGGUCACAGUGAACAGGUUGCCGCUUCGACUAACAAAGAAAUAGACGCGCAUAUACCUAAUUAUCCUAGCUUGCCUCCACAACUUGUCUGUCAGCUUCAUGAUGUCACCAUGCAUGCAGACGUGGAGACAGAUGAAGUAUAUGCACAGAUGACCUUGCAGCCCUUGACUUUGCAAGAGCAAAAAGAUGUCUGUCUUCUGCCUGCAGAAUUGGGCACUCCCAGCAAACAGCCUACUAAUUAUUUCUGUAAAACGUUAACUGCAAGUGACACUAGCACUCAUGGAGGAUUUUCUGUUCCUCGCAGAGCAGCUGAAAAAGUUUUUCCACCUCUUGAUUACACACAGCAACCUCCUGCUCAGGAAUUGAUUGCUAGAGAUCUGCAUGAUAAUGAAUGGAAAUUUAGGCAUAUCUUUCGGGGGCAGCCUAAGCGACAUCUUCUUACCACUGGAUGGAGUGUCUUUGUAAGUGCUAAAAGACUAGUUGCUGGGGAUUCAGUCAUCUUCAUCUGGAAUGAAAAGAAUGAAUUACUCCUUGGCAUUCGGCGUGCUAAUCGUCCACAGACUGUGAUGCCUUCAUCAGUAUUAUCGAGUGAUAGUAUGCAUAUAGGGCUUCUUGCUGCAGCGGCUCACGCUGCUUCUACAAAUAGCCGUUUUACAAUAUUUUUUAAUCCCAGGGCUAGUCCUUCUGAAUUUGUGGUUCCAUUAGCGAAGUAUGUUAAAGCUAUCCAUCAUACACGUGUCACUGUGGGCAUGCGAUUUCGGAUGUUGUUUGAAACAGAGGAGUCGAGUGUUCGUAGGUAUAUGGGCACAAUAACAGGGAUUUGUGAUUUGGAUCCUGUUCGUUGGCCAACUUCCUAUUGGCGCUCAGUAAAGGUUGGCUGGGAUGAAUCUACUGCUGGGGAAAGGCAGCCUCGUGUCUCAUUAUGGGAGAUUGAACCUUUGACUACGUUUCCGAUGUACCCUUCCCCAUUUCCAUUAAGAUUGAAGCGUCCAUGGCCAUCUGGGCUGCCAUCUUUUCCAGUUUUGAAGGAUGGAGACAUGGGCCUCAAUUCUCCAUUUAUGUGGCUACAGAGAGAGGUUGGAGAUCGAUGUAUGCCAUCCUUAAAUUUUCAAAGUUAUGGAUUCAAUCCCUGGAUGCAACCAAGGCUGGACCCUACAAUGCUGGGUCUACAACCUGAUAUAUAUCAAACAAUGAUGUCUUCUGCUUUACAAGAUCCUCGGGGCUUGGAGAAACGUCCCAACCAAUCUCUUCUUCAGUUCCAGCCAAAUCAGAAUGCGUCUUGUCAACAAUCAUCUCUUAUACAAAAUCAAUUGUUACAGCAAGUUCAGUUGCAGCAAACCUUAGCGCAGAGCUUUCAAGAAAGCCAAACGGUGGCUCAAAAUCAAUUCCAGGGUCAUCUCCAGCCGCAACCACAGCAAACUUGUCGACAGUAUGAUGGUCAGCAACCGCAACAGCAGCAAACUCAAUUUGACCAGCUACGCAAUCAACUUUCUGAUCAACGACAAGAUCCUAAGGUUUUCACCAAGAUGCAUUCUUUUGAGUCGUCCCCUCAGUCCUUACCUACAUCCUUGGAAACUAUAUCCUCUGGGUGCCCACCACAAUUGUUCUCAAACUCUAUCAUGAACUCUGUCACUUCAUCUGACAUUUCCCCGAUGCAUAGUCUGUUAAAUUCGUUCUCGCAAGACUGUGGGUCUCGACAAAUCACUUUACCUGACUCUAGUCCUUUGGUAUCUUCUACUCCCAUUCUUUCGAAGCGAGUUGCAGUCGAGCCUCAGUUUUCUCCUAGUACCAUUCCAUGUUCUCUGCCUCAAAUUGAAGAGUUGGGAGGACCACAAACUAGGAUGUCUGAACUCUGUUCUGUGUUGCCACCUAUGCCUGGUAGGGAAUUCUCGCUAUACCAUGGCAUUGGUGAUUCACAAAACAAUUUGUUAUUUGGGGUGAAUGUUCAGCAGAAUGAACCGGUGAACCUCAGAAGUAGUAAUGAAGAGAAUGACUCAUUUUCUAUUCCAUUUGCUUGCUCCAGUUCUCCUAGUGUUGCAGGGACUGAAUUUCCACCUGUUUCUGAGAUGAUAUCGAGUAGCUUUGUUGAUGAAUCAGGUUUCCUGCAGCAGUCUGAAAAUGAUGGGCAAGCAAACCCACCUAGUGGAACCUUUGUGAAGGUCCACAAAUCAGGGUCCCUUGGGCGUUCACUGGAUAUAUCUAAAUUUAGCAGUUAUCCGGAGCUGUGCAGUGAACUUGCUCAAAUGUUUGGUCUAGAAGGCCAACUGGAGGACCCCCUGAGAUCAGGCUGGCAGCUUGUAUUUGUUGACCGUGAGGAUGAUGUUCUCCUGCUUGGUGAUGAUCCUUGGCACGAAUUUGUUAACAAUGUGUGGUACAUUAAGAUCCUAUCCCCUCUAGAAGUACAACAGAUGGGUAAAGAGGGUUGUGAUGUUCGGCAUGCUAUGUCAAGGCCAAAGCAUCAAAACAAUUUCAAUAGCUGUGAUGAAUACUCAAUUCAACAGGACUUGAGACAUAAUAGCAAUGGGAUGGCAUCUUUAACCUCUCUUGAUUACUAAUGACCGAUGCGCCGCCCAAUUGCUGAGGUUGCACCUAUAACAAAAGCACCAAGCUCAGUAGGGUGGGUGGCUUACAAGCAGAGGCCUAAAUUAAUUUGUAUCUUCACCCUUGGCUCUGAACAUCGUAUUUCAUUGUCCAAGCGGGCUUUUAUGGAAUGGAAUUGAACAUUGAGCAGUUAAGUUUAAGGUUAUAGCACAUAGUGCGAGCAGCAGAACCCUGUAAAUUAUCCUGUGUGGUAUCCCCUGAACCACUGUGGGGCGAAUCACAUGACUCGACUUCCUAUAAGUUGGGAAAUACUCUGCAGAUGUAACAACUCUUCAACAGUUCCAUCAUUAUUGUAUUUUGUAGCUAGCAUUGUUUACUAAUUAAAGCUCGAUUGAUAUCUGCAGGUUUUCAUUAGCAGAGAAUUGUCUGCUCCAUUAACAACACUUGCUAGUUGUUAAUAGUGUAUCAAGAGUUCACAAUUUAUGAGCGAUAUUGCUCCUGCCUGCAUGCGUUAUGUGAAUUAUGCACCAAAAUUGGCACAAUUCAAUUAGUUACUGCUCUUAUUAAUGCUAUUUUGUUGUAUGAACAAUAUCAUAAAGUAAAAUAAUUUUAGUGGGUAAAUGUCAAAUGAUGAACUCUUAGGAGCCUUGACAAAUUGUUGCCUAUAAUUUGGAGGUAGUUUGCUUACCAACUAGUCUCCUGAUAUCUCAGAGAGAAAAUUUGAAAAAAAAUAAAGGUUAUUUAACAACUUAAUUCUAAAAAUAGGUUUCGUGAAAACUUAUU